AUGGACAGAAAUGAGGAGGAACAAUCUAAGAAGCGAGACAAUCGCUCAAGCUCGAGAACUGUCGCCUCCCUUUCAGCCGAUCAACUCGAGCGAAAACGUGCGAACGACCGAGAAGCACAACGGCUGAACCGCUUGAAAGCACGACAACGACUCGAGCAACUGGAGCAAGAAGUUAUUGAGCUACGUGAACAGCUUUCUGGGAUGCAUAUGCAGAAUGAGCAGCUCUGUCAACACAGCGCUGCUUUGCAAGAUGAAAACAGGCGGCUGAAACAAGAAUUGGCAAUGUACAAGGGACAGACUGAACUACCAGGUAUCGAAGAGUCAAAUACAGUGUAUCCCAGCGGGUGGUACCCAGACGAUAAGACGGGGCCUGCAUAUAUCCCUCGGGCACGAUCAGCCUUCCAAACCUCGAGUCGAACCCGAACUUCCCAAGCAAACGAAUGGCCGUCGCAAUCAACUUCACGUUCGGUAUCGUUGGGUCAGACUUCCAACCCAGUUUACUCGGCUCGGAUGGACCAAUACACAGAAGAAGCACAGCGGCAUGCGAGGGAUGCUGGCCAUAUGCAAGCUGGGAGUAUUGAAGGCAGGUUCGGGGGCGUUGUUGGAGGAAUGGUGUACCCAGAGGCUCAACAGGCUGGGGCUUUACCACCAUACCAACACAUGCAGAAUGCUAUCCCCAGCACUUAUCUUCCUCCCUCCAGCGACCCUUAUGCCUCAGCAUCAUCACAGCCUCGUCUCCCUUAUCCACCCACAGAAUGGCCCUCGCAGGCAUAUGAAACCCCCAGAAGAUAG